CGGCAUGUGCCUAUCAGCAAGGUUUAUCCGAUGAACCCGCCCAAAUUCGACAUGGUGGAUGACAUGGCUGAGUUGACCCACCUGAAUGAACCUUCCGUUAUUCAUAACUUGUCCGUCCGAUACCAAGCAAAGCACAUCUAUACCUACUCCGGGUUGUUUUUGGUGGCGGUGAAUCCAUACCGGCAACUUCCCAUUUACUCGGAUGAAUAUGUCCAGAACUAUAAAGGUCGACGACGAGGAGAGAUGCCUCCUCACAUCUACGCUGUAGCCGACCAAGCGUAUCAUGACAUGCUGCAGGACCGCGAGAAUCAAUCCAUCCUAAUUACUGGUGAAUCGGGUGCUGGCAAGACGGAAAACACAAAGAUCGUGAUUCAAUACCUCACCACGGUAGCGAGUGAUGGUACCCGGACUGAAACAAGCCAACUGGAACAGCAGAUUUUGCAAGCAAAUCCUAUAUUGGAAGCCUUUGGUAAUGCGCAGACCAUUCGCAAUAACAACUCAUCGCGCUUCGGUAAAUUCAUCCGUAUUGAAUUCAACAUGCGAGCUCAAAUCUGUGGUGCCAACAUUGAAUGGUAUUUGCUGGAGAAGUCCCGUGUGCACCAACAAUCGCCAAAGGAACGCAAUUAUCAUAUUUUUUAUCAGUUACUGAGUGCUGAUGAAUCUAUCAAAGUGUCAUUAGAGCAACUGCUCCUGGGGAACGGGCGGUCAACCGAUUACGGAUUUACCAAACAUUCAAGACCCACAAUUGAUGGCGUAGAUGAUGGCCAAGCAUUCCGUCAACUAAUGACAUCGCUGGAUAUUAUGGGGUUGUCGGAUAAAGAGAAGUUAGAUUACUUCCGUAUAGUGGCUGUAGUACUGCAUCUGGGCAAUAUUGUCAUCACACCGGACUAUCGUGGUGAUCGCGCCGAUAUUCGCGAUUUUGCGGUACUUGAGCGGGUGUGCCAUUUGCUGGGCAUUCCAGCUCAGGAGUUCAAGAAGUGCCUACUUAGCCCACGUAUCAAAGCCGGUCGUGAUUGGGUCAAUCAGGCGAAAUCGCCAGCUCAGGUGACGGCGAGUCUGGAUGCUUUGGCCAAAUCUCUGUACGAACGUAAUUUUGCCAGUUUGGUCGAGCGCGUGAACCGGGCGAUCGAUGGUCAGAAACCAGCAGACAAGAUGGGUUUUAUUGGCGUGCUAGAUAUUGCUGGCUUUGAGAUAUUCGAGGUCAACAGUUUCGAGCAACUCUGUAUCAAUUACACCAAUGAAAAACUCCAACAAUUCUUUAAUCACAACAUGUUUGUGCUGGAGCAGGAAGAAUAUCAAAAAGAAAAAAUUGAUUGGUCCUAUAUCAACUUUGGUUUGGAUCUUCAGCCCACCAUUGACUUGAUCGAAAAAACAAAUCCUGUGGGAAUCUUAUCCUGCCUUGAAGAAGAAUGUGUGGCUCCCCGAGGAACGGAUAAGCGAUUCUUGGACAAGUUGUCCGAAGUAUGGGAUAACGAUACGGGAGAGAGCAAGUUCAAGACGACUCGGUUCAAAGACGGAUUUAUCGUAAGACACUAUGCCGGCGAUGUGGAGUACUCGACCAUUGGUUGGAUUGAUAAGAACAAAGAUCCCUUGAAUGAAGAUAUCACUCGGUUAUUGGCACAAUCCAGCCAACGCCAUGUCGCCACCUUGUACGAAGACUACCUGACAGAAGAGGACGAUAACAGCUGGAGACACGGCCAUGGCACCAGUGGUGCAUUAACUUUGUUGAAGCUACGCAAAGGAGGUGGUUCAUUUCGCACAGUUGGUCAGCGCCACAAGCAACAACUGCUAUCGCUCAUGAACACGUUAUACAUGACUCAUCCUCACUUUGUCCGGUGUAUUCUGCCGAACAAUCGAAAGCGCCCAGGAGAAAUUCAGAGCAAACUUGUUCUAGACCAGUUGCGUUGCAACGGCGUGCUGGAAGGUAUCCGUAUCUGUCGCAAGGGUUUCCCGAACCGUCUUUCUUUUGCCGAUUUCCGCAAACGCUAUGAAGUACUUUGUCCCAAUGUGCUUCCACCAAACGCAUUUAUUGAUGGUCGCAGUGCUUGCCAGACCCUGUUGGAUUGUAUGGAAUUGGAUCAUGACCGUUACAGAAUCGGUACCACCAAAGUCUUUUUCAAAGCAACAGUGCUUGCCGAUCUAGAAGAAGCGCGCGAUAAGAAACUUGGCGAGUAUAUCACACGGUUCCAAGCAAUGUGUCGUCGCUACAUUGCCCGUCGUCACAUUUCGAGGGUCGCGCGACAAACUGAAGCAAUCAAAGUGAUGCAACGAAAUGCGCGAAUCUAUGUCACGUUACGUGAAUGGCCAUGGUGGAAAGUAUAUGCCAAGCUGAAACCCCUCAAUGUGGCGUAUCGCGUCGAGACUCAAAUCAAGGAAAAGGACCAAAAGAUUCUCCGAUUGGAAACCGAGCUCAAGACACAAAAGGAACAAGUCGCGUGCCUCAGUGAAAGGACCGAAGAACUGGAAUCACAACAACAGGACUACAAGGAACUGUUGCGAAGCGAGCAGUUACUGACUCAGGAACUGCAAGACAGCAAACAGAGCCUACUGGACAAAGUGACCAAUUCAGAAGAGCGGGUAGAGAGUUUGUGUGAAGCACUGGAUGAAGCCCGGGAUCAG